UUAGAAAAUGGAAACUGGCUUCAUAGUACCAGAAAAUAUUGAUCCACAGAGACCCCCUAAAGAACUCACUGGUGGUGAACUUGAGGAUUAUGCGUGUCCUGAGGGAGAUACCCUCCUCACUCCUAAAUACUCUAUAAUUAAAUCACAAUGUAUGCGGAUGGUAAAGAACAAAAUAAUAGGCUCUACAAAAGCGAAAAUGGAAUACUUCAACGAAGGCCUGCUGGAUGAAAUUUUAAAUCUGUUAAACAAGCAUGAUGUGCCCUCAGAGAUCAUUUUCAAUAUGCUAUCUAUCCUAUUUUGUUAUACUAACAAGAAGAAGUCCAACCCUAAAAUCGGAUAUGAUUUCAAUAAAAUAUGAGAAGCCUUUGCCCCUCAUAAAGACUUUUGAGCCAAACUAGUAGCAACUCUAAACACAACAAUGAUAAAUAAGGGUGAUGAUCGCAUAAUCGACCUCUGACUGCAGAUCAUAAGGAACUGACUCACUAACAACAUCAUGAGGGCCAGAGAUGCUUUCAUGCGGGAUAAGGACCAAGAAAUCGUAACUCUUGUGCCCCAGAAUGCCAGUGACAAGGUUGAUGUUUGCAAGAUGUUUGCAGCGCUUACUACUAACAACAAAAGAGUUUCCCUAGUGGCACAAAUUAUCUCUGAAUUAUGAAAAGACUUCCCAGAAGUGAAGGAUUUAUUGAUUUUAGACAAGACAAUCAUUGACUCGAUAGCCGCUAAGAUCCAAACGUUAGAGUCCUCUCUGCUAACAUGCCUGAUAAAUCUGUGCUCUGGCCAUAAUGAAAUCACGAACUACGUUCGAGAACAGAUCGAUAUUGCCAAAUUGAUCAGUUUUCUUAGGUACCAGUACCCAGAUAUCAACUGUAAAGUUGCAUAUCUGGCAACUCUCCUCAGCAGUGAUGAAGAGAUGACUGAUGAUCAUAAGAGUUUGAUCAAACAGAUUGUUUUCCAGAUCUUGAGGAUGCUCUUUACCUCACCAGAUUGCCAGAUCGAUACCAAAAUCGUUCUCGAAGGCAUCACAAUGUUACAUAACUUGGUUGGAAAUGAACACAGAGAGCAGGAAACCCAGAGCAAUAUUGCUAGCUUCGGGCUCAACCAGGACCACCGUCUUCGAAAAUAUGCUCUUGGGCAGAUCUGUGAUACUGGAAUUAUUGAUCACUUAGCACAGAUCCUGAAGAAGAGUUCCACAAAGGAGCUCUUCAGACAAAAUUUUGUGAAUAAUAAUGACAAAGACCAACUAGGAUUAAAUUGAACUACUGUAGAAAAGAACUCAAAUGGUGAUGUUCCAAUGGAGGAAUCCAAGACAACCCCAGAUUGUUCUUCCAAAGACGAAUCUCCCACUGAUCAUUUCAAAAUUCUCAAAAGCUCUUUAGAAAUCCUGCAAUACAUAAUGACUUCAAAGGAGUCUAAAAAUAUUAACGAGAAAGGUGACUCUUCCCAAUUUGCCACAAAGCUGAUAGAGUUAGGAAUUCCUCAAGAAAUAUUCAACAUUCUCGAAGAUACCAAAAACUCAGAGAUAAAGCUCUUGUGAUGUGAGUGCAUCAGAAUCCUUUCCAGGGCCAAGAGGCCUAUCAAGGUCCAGAUGCUGGAAGAAGGCAAAAGCUUGAGCAGCAUCUUCGAAAUGCUCCUCAAUGAUUUGGAUGGUAAUAUCAAAAACAAUAGGCUUGAAGAGUCAAAAAUCCAGAUAACUCAUUCCAUCCUAGCCAUAGUCUGAAAUUUCUCAAUAGACUUCCCAGCUUUGGUACUGGGCUUCGAGAGGAUCAUCCCAAUACUGAAGGAUUGCUUAGAAUUAGAGAAUUCCCUCGAGAUUAGGCUCACAGCUAUCAAGACAAUCAAAAACCUCCUGUACCCUGGCCAUCAUUCCGACAUCUACAGAAAGGCAGAGAAAUUAAUUUUUGAAUGAAUACCAAUCAAAUACUUUCUAGAAAUUUUGUACUCCAAAGAAAAUGCCAUUGAAGAUAGAUCAGAGCUGAUCCCACUUAUCCAAGAGCAAGCAGAGUUUAUCUUCAAGUACAUCACCUUGGCUAGUAAGAAAGGCGAAGGCCAGAAUGACCAGAGUGACUUGAACUACCAGCAGACUUUUGUAUUUGACACCCUUUCUGAGGAAGAUAAAGAGAGGAUCGCAAAUAUUCUAGAUAAAGAAUAA